AUGUCUGUAAAAGCUUCCAAACAUUUGUUUUCUAAAAUACGGCACACUUCUUGCGAAGUCUAUAGGUGUCAAUUUAGUACUCAAGAAGAAAGUUGUUGCUGUUCGUGUAAUUCUGAUGCAAUGUUUGAAGUGAUGAAGAGUCUUUACGACUGUUACAAGAAAAAAAAUUGUGAUGAUUGCAACUGUAUACUUUGCGGUCAUCUACCAAGAGAGGAAAGGCGAUUGGGUGAGUUACGUAAAGCAGGUGUUGACGUCUCUACAAUUGCCAAGGGAAAAGGCAAAAAGAAGAAAAAAGUAACAAGCUUAUUAACGCCGUUAGAAGGUAAAUCUGCGGAACAAAAAGAAAAAAUUUUAAAAGGACUAGUCAUGAACGGCAUUCCUUUGCCGAAAGGAAAAUCUGAAUCGGAACGCAAAUUAAUUGACAAAGUGCGAGCUGAUAUGGGCAUGCCCCCAGAGCCAAAAACGAUGGCAGAAAAGAGAAAUUACAAAAAAGCUAUGGAUGCAGGGAUCAUUACACCACUGGAAGGAAAAACUCGAUCACAAAAAGAGAAAAUAUUAAAACAACAAGCAGAAAUGGGUAUCCCUCUUCCCGAAGGUCGAACAGCAUCUGAAAAAUCUUUAAUUGCAAAAAUUAAACAAACAGUACGACCUCCUUCUGAAUAUAAAGUUCCGUCUGAAAAAAUGAAAAAAGCAAAAGCUGCAGGCCUAUUGACACCCUUAAAAGGUAAAACCCCAGCACAGAAAGAAAAAAUUCUGAAAGGAUUGGCUAUGAAUGGAAUUCCUUUUCCAGCAGCUAAAACUGAAUCGGAACAGAAAAUUAUGGAUAAAGUAAGAAAAGAUAUUGGUUUGCCACCAGAACCCAGAACAUCAUCGGAAAAAAAUAACUACAAGAAAGCACUAGCUGCAGGUGUUAUAACACCACUAGAAGGGAAAUCUGGUCCACAAAAAGAAGCAAUAUUGAGAAAGCAAGCUGAAAUGGGAAUUCCUCUUCCUGAGGGUCGAACUCCAUCUGAAAAAGCUUUAAUUGCAAAGAUACAACAAACAGUUCGCCCGGUCUCUGAAUAUAAGGUUCCAUCUGAAAAGUUAAGAAAAGCUAAAGCGGCAGGUUUAUUGACACCCUUAAAAGGCAAGACACCAGAACAAAAAGAAAACAUUCUCAGAGGGUUAGCUAAAAACGGUAUACCUCUCCCAGAAGCAAAAACUGAAUCAGACCGCAAAGUAAUUGAUAAAGUUAGAAGAGAUCUGGGCUUACCCCCAGAACCUAGAUCGUCAACGGAAAAGAAUAACUACAAGAAAGCACUAGCUGCAGGUAUUAUAACGCCACUAGAAGGAAAAUCUGGUCCACAAAAAGAAGCAAUAUUAAGAAAGCAAGCUGAAAUGGGAAUUCCUCUUCCUGAGGGUCGAACUCCAUCUGAAAAAGCUUUAAUUGCAAAGAUACAACAAACAGUUCGCCCGGUCUCUGAAUAUAAGGUUCCAUCUGAAAAGUUAAGAAAAGCUAAAGCAGCAGGUUUAUUGACACCCUUAAAAGGCAAGACACCAGAACAAAAAGAAAACAUUCUCAGGGGGUUAGCUAAAAACGGUAUACCUCUCCCAGAAGCAAAAACUGAAUCAGACCGCAAAGUAAUUGAUAAAGUAAGAAGAGAUCUAGGCUUACCCCCAGAACCUAGGUCGUCAACGGAAAAAAAUAACUACAAGAAAGCACUAGCCGCAGGUAUUAUAACACCACUAGAAGGAAAAUCUGGUCCCCAAAAAGAAGCAAUACUAAGAAAGCAGGCUGAAAUGGGAAUUCCCCUUCCAGAGGGACGAACUCCGUCUGAAAAAGCUUUAAUUGCAAAAAUACAACAAACAGUUCGCCCAGUCUCUGAAUACAAAGUUCCGUCAGAAAAAAUACGAAAAGCCAAAGCAGCAGGUCUAUUAACACCCUUAGAAGGUAAAACACCGGAGCAGAAAGAAAAGAUUCUGAGAGGAUUGGCGAUGAAUGGAAUUCCCCUUCCAGUAGCAAAAACUGAAUCUGAUCGCAAGAUAGCCAAUAAAGUAAGAAGAGAUCUAGGAUUACCACCAGAACCAACAACAUCAUUAGAAAAAAAUAAUUACAAAAAAGCACUAGCUGCAGGAAUUAUAACACCACUUGAAGGGAAAUCUGCUCCACAGAAGGAAGAAAUAUUAAGAAAACAGGCUGCAAUGGGACUCCCUCUUCCAGAGGGACGCACACCAUCUGAAAAAGCUUUAAUAGCCAAAAUUCAACAAACUGUUCGACCACCAUCUGAAUACAAAGUUCCAUCAGAAAAAAUGAGAAAAGCGAAGGCAGCAGGCCUAUUAACGCCAUUAGAAGGUAAGACACCUGAACAGAAAGAAAAAAUCCUUAGGGGUUUAGCUAUGAAUGGGAUACCUCUUCCAGUAGCAAAAACUGAGUCCGAUCGAAAAAUAGCGGAUAAAGUAAGAAAAGAUCUAGGAUUACCACCAGAGCCCAAGACAUCAUCGGAUAAAAAUAAUUACAAAAAAGCGUUGGCUGCAGGAAUCAUUACACCUCUUGAGGGUAAAUCUAUGCCACAAAAAGAAGAAAUACUACGAAAACAAGCUGAAAUGGGAAUUCCUCUCCCAGAGGGUCGUACUCCAUCUGAGAAGGCGUUAAUUGCAAAAAUUAAGCAAACUGUUCGACCACCUAAAAUGAAAAAGUCAGACCGGGAAAUAGCUGAUUUAUUUGAAAAACUUGAAGGGAAACCAGAUAAAGAAAAACAAGAGAUGUUAAAAGCUUUUGCAAUGCAAGGUAAGCCUUUGCCAGAAGGAAGAACUUCAUCAGAAAAAAAGAUAAUAGACAAAGUAAGACAAGAUUUAGGUCUACCACCAGAACCUAAAUCACAGGCAGAUAAAGAAAAAUAUAAACAAGCUGUUGCCGCAGGCAUCAUAGUGCCAUUGGAAGGAAAAUCGGCGGCACAAAAAGAGAAAAUUCUUAAAGCUCAAGCUGACUUAGGUCUUGAAUUACCAGAAGGGAGAACAGCGUCUGAAAAGGCAUUGAUUAAAAAAAUUAAAGCUGAGAAUAAAGCUGAAAUGGGCGUGGCUAGUAUGGUGAAAGGUAUUCCAUCAGAGAAGAUGCGUAAAGCCAAAGCAGCGGGAUUGCUUACACCAAUACACGGAAAAACAGAUGCAGAAAAAGAAAAAAUUCUCAGAGGCUUAGCGCAGCAUGGCAUCCCACUGCCACAGGCGCAAACAGCAUCAGAAAAGAGGGUAAUGGAUAAAGUGCGAAAAGACUUAGGACUUCCACCGGAACCAAAAACCCCAUCUCUUAAGGAAAAAUAUCGAUACGCCCAAAAUGCGGGCUUAAUAACUCCCCUAGAAGGUAAAUCACGAGCUCAGAAAGAGAAGAUCCUAGCCAAACAAGCCGAAAUGGGUAUACCUCUACCAGAAGGUAGGACGCAAUCGGAAAAGGACAUGAUAAACAAAAUUCGCGCUACCGUGCCAAGAAAGAUUACAUCAGAAAAACUACGCAAAGCGAAAGCAGCUGGUUUACUGACACCACUUGCGGGAAAAACGCCCAAAGAAAAAGAAAGAAUAUUAAGAAAUCUAGCUAAAGAAGGAUUGCCCUUACCCGAACCUAAAACGGCGUCCGAAAAACAACUAAUUGCAAAAGUCAGAAAGGACAUGGGAGUACCAUUAGAAGGAAUAUCUUCAGAAAAGUUGCGCAAAGCAAAAGCGGCUGGUCUAAUUACACCAUUGGAAGGAAAAUCUCCUGCACAAAAAGAAAAAAUCCUUAAGGGAAGGAUCGCUGCUGGUUUGCCUUUACCCGAAGGAGUUACCCCAUCGGAUAAGGAAAUGAUAAAAAAAAUUAGAGCUGAAACGGGAUAUUCAAAAGUUUUGCUUGUACCUCCUGAAAAGUUAAAAGCCGCUAAAGCAGCUGGACUCCUUACACCAUUAGAAGGGAAAACGGAUGCGCAGAAGGAGAAAAUUCUUAAAGGUUUAGCAUCACAUGGCAUUCCUCUUCCCCCAGCAAGAACUCCAUCGGAAAAAAGAAUACUUGAUAAGGUUCGCAAGGACUUAGGAUUACCACCAGAACCAAAAACAUCUGCAUUAAGAGAUAAAUAUCGCUUGGCUCAAGAUGCUGGCAUCAUUACUCCAUUAGAAGGCAAAUCACCCUCUCAAAAACAUAAAAUUUUAGCAAAACAAGCGGAAAUGGGUAUACCUUUACCUGAAGGUAGAACACAAUCUGAAAAGGACCUAAUAAAUCGUAUACGCCAAACAGUACCAAGAAAAAUUGCAUCGGAAAAAUUACGAAAGGCUAAAGAAGCAGGCUUAUUAACACCUUUACAAGGAAAAUCUCCCAAAGAAAGAGAAAAAAUACUAAAAGGACUAGCAAAGGCAGGAUUGCCAUUACCUGAAGGUAAAACUGCAUCAGAAAAGCAAUUGAUUAAUAAAAUAAAACGGGAUCUAGGUCUUCCACCAGAACCUAAAUCACAGGCAGAUAAAGAAAAAUAUAAACAAGCUGUUGCCGCAGGCAUCAUAGUGCCAUUGGAAGGAAAAUCGGCGGCACAAAAAGAGAAAAUUCUUAAAGCUCAAGCUGACUUAGGUCUUGAAUUACCAGAAGGGAGAACAGCGUCUGAAAAGGCAUUGAUUAAAAAAAUUAAAGCUGAGAAAGCGAAACGACCCAAACCCUUGCCUCCUGAAAAAAUUAAAGAACUUGAUGCCAAAACUGCAAAAGUAAUGAAAGAAGGGAAAGGGCCAAGCGAUGAAUGCAUUUGUGAUAUUCUAACACCAGAAUCAGAAAAAGCAUCAAGAGCUCCACAGAGAGUAACCUCGGAAAAAUUGCGUAAAGCAAAAGCAGCUGGCUUAUUAACGCCGUUGGAAGGCAAGUCGGCUAAAGAAAAGGAAAGAAUACUUAAAGGUUUAGCUAAAGAAGGUUUACCGUUGCCAGAACCAAAAACUGCAUCUGAAAAACAAUUAAUAGAUAAAAUUAAAGCUGAAAUGGGCGUGGCUAGUAUGGUGAAAGGUAUUCCAUCAGAGAAGAUGCGUAAAGCCAAAGCAGCGGGAUUGCUUACACCAAUACACGGAAAAACAGAUGCAGAAAAAGAAAAAAUUCUCAGAGGCUUAGCGCAGCAUGGCAUCCCAUUGCCACAAGCGCAAACAGCAUCAGAAAAGAAGGUUAUGGAUAAAGUGCGAAAAGAUUUAGGACUCCCCCCAGAACCGAAAACCCCGUCACUUAAGGAAAAAUAUCGACACGCCCAAGAAGCAGGUCUAAUGACUCCUCUGGAAGGUAAAUCACGCGCUCAGAAAGAGAAGAUCCUGGCCAAACAAGCUGAAAUGGGCAUACCUUUGCCCGAAGGCCGGACGCAAUCUGAAAAAAAUAUGAUAAAUAAAAUUCGUAAAGCGAAAGCAGCUGGUUUAUUGACGCCUCUACAAGGAAAAACACCCAAAGAGAAAGAAAAAAUAUUAAGAAAUCUAGCUAAAGAAGGAUUGCCCUUACCCGAAGCUAAAACUGCGUCUGAAAAACAACUUAUUGCAAAAGUCAGAAAGGAUAUGGGAGUACCAUUAGAAGGAAUGCCAUCGGAAAAAUUUCGGAAAGCAAAAGCGGCUGGCCUGAUUACACCAUUGGAAGGAAAAACUGCUGCACAAAAAGAAAAAAUCCUUAAGGGAAGGAUCGCUGCUGGUUUGCCUUUACCCGAGGGAGUUACCCCAUCGGAUAAGGAAAUGAUAAAAAAAAUCAAAGCUGAAACGGGAUAUGUAACACCAAUAGAAAAAAUACCUUCGGAAAAAAUGCGUAAAGCAAAAGCAGCCGGUCUUCUAACACCAUUAAAAGGCAAACCGCAAGCGGAGAAAGAGAGAAUUCUUAGAGGCUUAGCACAACACGGUAUACCAUUACCACAACCUCAAACAGCGUCUGAAAAAAAGCUAAUUGAUAAAGUACGUAAAGAUAUGGGACUUCCACCAGAACCGAAAACACCAUCUAUCAAAGAAAAAUAUCGUCAAGCUCAGGAAGCUGGAUUGGUGACACCUCUUGAAGGUAAGACACCAGCUCAAAAGGAAAAAAUUUUGACUAAAUUAGCUGAAAUGGGUGUCCCUUUACCUGAAGGUCGCACACAAUCUGAAAAGGACCUUAUAAAUCGUAUACGAGCAACUACGAAAAAAGCACCAUCGGAAAUGAAAGCCGAAAUCGGAGGAAAAACUAUAAAAGCUAAAACAUCAUCUGAAAAAGAGGUAUUAAAAAAAGCCAAAGCUGAGGGUUUAUUAACUCCUCUCAAAGGUAAAACACCGGAGCAAAAAGAAAAAAUUCUUAGAGGUUUAGCUGAAGCUGGCCUACCUAUGCCAGAAGCUAAGACAGCAUCUGAAAAAGCCUUAAUAGAAAAAGUUCGGACUUCACUCGGACUUCCACUUGAACCGACUCCAUCCGAGAAAAGGGGAAAGAUUAAAACAAAGUCGAAAAAAACUGGUGUCUCAAGAGCCAGAAAAAGUGAGAUUGGUGUAGGUAAAUCUAAAUUAGGAAUAACGGAGGAGUUUCAGGAUGUUAUUAAAACUACAACAUGUGAUCGCGGUUGUGGUUGUGAUAGGAAGAAAAUAAGGUUUAAGCAUAGUUACGUAAAGAUAAGAGUAACGUCACCAGAUAUAUCAUCUCUGUGUCCUUGUCCUGAAGAAUGUCUCCCAGGCGUAAAAGGGGGCGUGUUCACUGAUAACGAAGGUAUAAAAGUAACAGUUGGUCAAGUAACUGGAGUACCUUCGUUUCCAUCUAAAGAAUUAAAGUCAGGAGAUAAACUUCAUGACGAAAUGAUCAAAAGUUCUCACAAAAUUACUAGAUCUAGCAAUGCAAACAAUUCAUCAAUUAAUGUAUUCAGCAGAUGUAAAAAAAAACAUCAACGAAGUUUAAUCGAUGUAGUAGGAAAAAUACUGUCAGACCCUGCUUUAAAAGAAUCAUCAUCACUUUAUGUAUUAAUACCAACAUCUUCGGAUGAUGAUGCUUCAGUGUAUUCCAUGGAGAGCCAACAAAGUUCUACUAUAUGUAUCCAACUCAAUGAAAGUCAAACGAAAUGGAGCAGCAAGUGUGGACCACAAGUACAUAAUCACUUAGGUAUAGAAAAAGAACAAGGAACACAAAGAUCAAUAUACUAUGAAAUGGGUACCGAUACCACGGUAGAUCGGCCCUGCUGUUGUGAGAUCGAAAGUAAUAAAGACAUCGUGCUUCAAGUCUUGGACGAUUCUGUUAACGAAUCAUCAACUGUAAUUUCUGAUUUGGUAGCCCCAUUAAUUUUAAAUGAAGCCCUAGCCCAAGGUUUCAACCACAACAUGACUGGAUUUACAAAUAGUUCGAAUAAGAGAAUAAGUUCUAUAAGGAACAUGUGUGCACAUCAUACACCUGUGCGACACUGCAGAAUCUGCCAUCCAACUGGAUCUUAUCCUUACACUUCAAUUGGCUGUUCACAUCCACACAAUAAGGAAAAACAAACAAAUAAACAAUGCGAAUGUGACUUUGACAAGAUAAUAGGAAUUAUUGAAAAAAUAGUAAAGGAAAACGUCUCCACAGCAUGCGGUCCUUCGCGAGAUUUUGUAGAAACAACAAAGCCAAUAUUAACUACUGCUUUUGUAAUUAGGUAUUUAUCUCUAAUAGAAAAUUCGAGCUUUGUAACUAAUUUCUUACACUUCAUAAUUUUAGAGAAACCAAAAACACAGGAACCUCAAAAAGUGCUAAAAAUCGAUUGCAGCGCGUGUAACACACCUAGUUUAGUAGAAGCAGGAGAGCUAUUGUGCGUAUGUGGAGGACAGAAAAAGAAAAUAACUAUUGGAAAGAAAUGUCCUUGUGAAGAAUAUGCAGCUUCAACCCAAUCCAACUUGCCCGAAGCGCCAAAACCCGCACUCAAACCUGCACUCAAACCUGAUCCCAUAUAUGAAUCGCAAUCCAAUUGUAAAUGUAACAAAAGUAAAAAGAGUAAGAAUAUAAUUUGUGAAUGUCCCCAGGAACCACUUGAAGAUGAGAUGGAACCUUUUGCCUGGUUAGAUGAAAGGCAAUUAAGAAAAAUGAGAUCAGAUUUAACCCACGCUACGUCAGGAUUCAAACUUAACAAAACGCGAAAAACUGUAGAAACUGAAAUGAGCUUCGAGGAGGCACUUGAAUUUUUUGAGCUAUAUCAAGACGAAAUCACAGGUUCUCAGUCAGAUCAAUGCUUUUGCGAAGAAAAGAAAAAGAAACAGAAAAAAUUGGCGAAUUGUGAAUGUCCAGCCGUAGAGGAACCUCCUCCAGAAGAACCACCCGAGGAGCCAUUUCGAGGAAUAAAACUUCGUAUGGCCGGGAAGGGCUCUAUGUCAAGGGGUUUGAGCGGAGUUUUAUGUUUUGAACUUUUAGAACAUUGAUUUCAAGAUUAUAAAUUAAAAAAUUAUUGUAAAAAUUUUG